GUGAGCGCGGGCGAGGAGGCGAGUCGCUGGGGAAUGAGUAGAGGGAGACUCUUAUCUGGGGGUGAAAUUCGACUUUACAACUAUGAAUUGCGGGGUUUUUUUUAUGAAAGUCGCAUUUUUGUCAAUGUUGAACGUGGGCCAACCAGGUCCGGAGGAAAUGUGGUGAUAUUGGAGGAUUUGCAAGGCAUUUUAAAACGGUUAUUUGCGUCGGAAGAGUGCCAGAGACACACGGAGAACGGUAACCGUUACUGCUCUUUCUGCAGCCAGAAUGCCGCGGGAUAACAAAACUCCUCUCAUCCAGAAAAUAGCCAAGCAAGCCUGCGUGACCUUUAAAGGCUUUACGUCUUCGGCCAACGGGGAUAAUAGUCAGAGUGAACUGAUCACCUUGGUGACCGCGGUCAGGGCUGCCGACCUGAAAAUUGCUCCCCGGAAAAGCAAACAGAGCUCCGGGGAAGCGGGGCUCCAGGGCCCCCCGGUCACCUACAUGCACAUCUGCGAGACGGAGGUCUUCAGUAUGGGGGUGUUCCUGCUGAGGACCGGCGCCUCCAUACCGCUGCACGACCACCCGGGCAUGAACGGGAUGCUGAAGGUUCUCUAUGGGAAGGUGAGUGUCCGCUGUUUUGACAAGCUGGAGGUCAGCACCGCCCUGCCCCAUUUUGAGCCUCCGUUGGCUCCGUUCCAGACGGCCUCCCUGCGGCGCUCUGUGCUCCGCUCAGUCGCUGAGUACUCAGAGAACAGCGGACCGUGCCUCCUCACUCCUGUACGGGAUAACCUCCACCAGAUCGAUGCAGUGGAGGGGCCGGCUGCAUUCCUGGAUAUCCUGGCACCUCCAUACAAUCCAGAUGACGGGCGGGACUGUCACUAUUACAAAGUCCUGCAAACUGUGGCAGAGGGGGAAACAGAUGGAAAGAGCAACGAGGAGCAGCAGGGAGAGGAGAAGGAGAAGGCAGAGGAGACAUGGCUGCUAGAAAUCCCUCAGCCAGAGGACUUCUGGUGUGGUGGGGAACCCUACCCAGGCCCUGCAGUCUCUAUCUGAAGGAAACCUCUGAUCUGAGGAACUAUACUGCAGUAUAGGACAGUGAUAAUGUAGAGAUAUCCAUCAACCCACAAGGGGAAACUUUGCCCCCUUUUACAGGGAGGUCAAACAUGGGGAUCAUUAUAACUCAAAGGGAAUGAGUGCCUUGUUCAAGGAUGCUACAGCAGGGCAGAAGCUUGUAGAAACAGGCGCUUGAACUCUGACACCAUACACAGAAUGGGUGGGUGAACCACCGAACUGCCUUCCACAAACUGUCAAUAACCUUGUCAGUACUGAGUUAAGAGUUGACCCAAGGAAUUCACAUUCCUAAUAUGGUAUUUUACUUUGGACCAUUAUGUUGCCUUGUACACACAUGAACGUCAUCAGCCAAGUGUUCUGUGAAUGGUGGGGUCCCUGAUGUGUGUUGUUUGAGGCUUGGAAAGCCUUUAACACGUUAUUUUUUCACUCUGCUGCCGAGGACUUCCACAUUGUGACGCGUCUUAAUGCCAAAGCCUGUAACUCAAGUUUUACCUGCCUUAUUUGUGAAUAUUGAAUGUAUACUUAUUAAGAGUACCAUUUUUAGUGUACACACUUGUUUCUUUUUCCAACACACACACACUACGUUAUAUAUACUUAAUUUUUAUUUUAUGUGUAUAACUUAUUCCAGAUAACAUGGUUCCCACACAGGUCUGGUCAGUUAAAGGUGGGGUUUGCGAUUCUGGAGAAAUCCAGCACCAUGACAAAUACCAUGAUACAGAGCGAACAGCGACACAGCAAGUAAUGUAACUAACGUUAGCUCGGUUGUGAGUUAGCUUAGCUCGGUUGUGGGUUAGCAAACUGUCCCUACAGUUGCUGCUGUGAAGCUAACAGCCAGAGAAGACAAGACAGUUGCCCAGAGCCAGCACAGCAGCUCCAGACAGCGAUACU